AUGUGCAGCGGCAGGCUGCAGACAGCUCUGCUGGUGGCUGGCUACUUUGCCUACCUGCUGGUGGGUGCUGCCGUGUUCCAGGCCCUGGAGAGGACCGCUGAGAAGCAGGAGAAAAUGGCAGCUGCCCAGAUGAAGGAGGCUUUUCUGCAGAACUUCACGCAGCUCACGGUGGCGGAGAUGGAGCAGUUCAUGAAGAACCUGAUUGAAGCCAUUCAAAAUGGAGUAUACCCUGUUGGAAAUGAGUCACAGUUUGAAGAGAGCAACUGGGAUUUCAGCAACUCCUUCUUCUUUGCAGGCACAGUUGUCUCCACAAUAGGUUAUGGCACAUUACAUCCUAAAACUGCUGGGGGACAGAUAUUUUGUGUGUUUUUUGCUCUUUUUGGAAUCCCUCUGAACAUUGUUUUUCUGCACCGUGUCGGUAAGAUGCUCUCACUGCUCUGUAAAAAGCUGGGGAAAUUCCUGUACCAGAAAGGAAUGAGAAAGAAGAAGAUCAAAUUUCUGACCCUUUUGUUCUUCCUGGCAACGGGGAUCCUGGUUUUUCUGUGCUUGCCAUCAGUCUUCUUCCAGAUAACAGAGGGCUGGUCCUACAGUGAAGGAAUUUACUUUGCAUUUAUCACCCUCAGCACCAUUGGCUUUGGAGAUUAUGUUGUAGGCAAACAGUCUGACAGGAAAUACUUUUCCUACUAUCGAGUGCUUGUGGCCAUUUGGAUUCUUUUUGGCCUUGCCUGGAUUGCUCUGCUGUUUAAUUUAUUGACAACAGUACUAGAAGAUACUGAAAAAAUAAUUGUCAAGGAUCUCCAGCAAAUUGGAAAGGUGAGUAAGGACAAUGUAGGAAGCCAGCAAAGAAGAUGCUGGCCUGUUCAAUUUAUUCCAGAAGAAGAACCACUACCACCACGUGCUGGAGGGGAUGCAAUGAAAAUGGAGUCAUUAACAGCAGAUUCUGAACACACAAAAAAUGAAAAAAAAGUGUUUUCUAAUAGCAAAACUAUUGCCAUAAUGAGUCGAGAAUUCAGUUCUUCCUUGGAGAAUUGCUAG